AUGUAUGUCAUAUUGUUACUCUUGAUUAAUAUUCAUUUAUUUAUUUGUGAGCUUGGUGUGAAUCCUCAACCAACCAGUAGCUGGAGGAAAGAUGAAAUUGCGGAUUGGUUGAGACGACACAAUGUGCGUUUCACGGAAUCAAUGUUAAAGGUUGAAUUAUAUGCCUUGGCUAAACUUCACCGACAGCCAAUAAGAUAUUUGGCAGAUGAAGAAGCUGCAAAGAGAGGUCACAUAGUUUUAAGGCUGCCUCCAUACCACUGUCAGUACAAUCCCAUUGAGUUAAUAUGGGCUCUUCUCAAAAGACAUUAUGAUAAGCAUAUUCUAGAAUAUGGAGAAUUUACCGAGGAAAAGUGCUUAGAGAAAUGGCAUGCAGCUAUUGAAAGUGUUACCCCAGAAAUAUGGGGUAAAGUUGUCAAUAAAAUCGACAAGUUAGUCCGCCAGGACUGGGAACUGUUCUCUGGAAUUGACAAGGUAGACUGCACAGAUUAUUCCAAAAUGAAGUUCCCUGUUAAUGGAGAUAGUAGUGACAGUGAUAGUGAGUAUGGUGACUACAACGUAGAUGAAGAUGAAGAAGAUGUUGAUGACCCCAACCCCAAAUCCCCUUCCAUUGUCAAGCCUGUCACACCUUUUGAUCUAUACACCUCCUCUGCAGAUGAAGAAGAUGUUGAUGACCCCAACCCCAAAGCCCCUUCCAUAGUCAAGCCUGUCACACCUUUUGAUCUAUGUAAGAUAGAUAGUUCUAAGGUCUCUUCUGCUCCACCAGUCAUUGAUGUAAAUGAGCUGGACACUUUGUGGGAAGCAAAGUUUUCUCAAAACAUUGAUGAGAGGGAUCAGGUGGUAGCCACAUUCGACCGGUACCAGGUCAGGAAUAGAGACUUGUUCACUCUGAAUGAACACAAGGAGUUGAAUGAUCAGAUCAUUAAUGUGUACACAAAGCUACUUCAAGCGUAUCAAUUUGCACACGGGAUUAAGGUAUUCGCCUUGAGCACGUUCUUUUACUGUAGCCUUCUCAAAGGAUCACAUUUUGCAGUAUCGAGAUAUACAAAAGAUGUGAAUAUUUUCCUAGAUUAUCAUUUUGUCACUGUGCCCAUCCACAUCAAAGAAAAGCAUCACUGGGCUUUGGUUGUGAUUGACAUUCAGAGAAAACUUAUUCAAUAUUUUGACAGUAUGUUGUGGACUGGGACAGCACACACAAGGGCUAUUCUGGAAUAUCUAAAGGCAGAGGCUGCUGCUCGUCUCUUUUCAUUUGAUGAAACUCAGUGGAAGAGAAGAGAUAUGAAGGGAGUCCCACAGCAAGUUAAUAAUGUAACUGAUUGUGGUGUUUUCACCUGCUGUUACUCAUAUUUUGCUACUACUCCUCCUGCCAGUGGACGUGGAGCCUACUUGGAGUGGAAACGUAGUGCACAUUACGUUGACCCUUUCACCCAGACAGAUAUUCCUGCGAUCAGGCAGCAGAUGAAGGAUGACAUAGUCAGCGUGCGAUUCAUUCCUCCCCUGUCUUCACCUAGUACUGCCUCUAUUAUUAUCCCUCCACUCUUGCCACCUAUUGUGAAAAAUCAGAGGAAAAGAAAGGAACCCACAGCCAAAAGGAGCCAGUCGCCGACUAGGAAAAAAACGCGAAUUCAGUGUCCAUCUGCUGUUAAGAUACCCCGAUUCACUAAGAAAGUUGACGAGAACAAAGCCACUACUACAGAUGGGGUCUACUUAGUGACAAGUGCCCAUGUGCAUUUAAGGAGUGCAAACUUCAAAAAUGCCAACAAUUGCCAGGGCUUGUAUGUCUAUUCAAGUCUCAUUGCUUCUAGAAGUAUUCAACAAGAAAAAGCCAGCUUCUCAACAGAGCAAUUGGAUGUGUUAAUGUUUGCUGGUUACCAGCAAUUUCAGGAGGCUGGAAUGCUGUCAAAUGUAUUUCCAUCUCAAGUUCUUGUAUCUGGUCAAUUGGUAUCUUUAAAGUCCUGUGUCAUAUUGAGUGGACAAUAUUGUGCUACAGGUCGUGUUAAGGCCAUGGCUGAGUUUCUUGAUGGCAUUAGUCCGGAAGAAUCUCAAAACUGUAGUUUUGUUCUACAAGGUCAUGGUCGGUCGGUUUGCUUUUGGCAAACUGAAGGUGGCAGGUAUUUUGUUUUCAAUGCUCAUUGUGUUGAUAUUAACAAUGUCGUUUCAGCCAAAUCUGGUGCUGCUAGACUCUACCGAUGUAUGUCAUCUCUUGCAGUUGGCAACUUGGUUUUUAAAAAUGAUGUCCACGACCUAUCUACAUAUGAAUUGUAUAAAGUUUAUUGUGUCUAAUAUUACCAACUGUGUGCCUGUGUUACCUUGUAUUAUAUCCUCGUUAGCAAGGCUGUGAAGUAUUUCAAUUUUAUUUCAUUAUGUAUUUAUCAUUGACAAAUAUUUUGAGUUUUAUGAACUUCUUUGUUCUAGUCUAAAAAGUUUAUUUCAUUUCUUUGUAUCUAAUAUACAAACUAGUCAUUUCUCAUUAUCAAUUGCCCCAUACUAUUUUGCUUAUAUUUUCAAUGACUGCCUCACGUACAAUGUGUGACAAAUUAUGUUAUUAUUAUUAUUAUUUUAUUUUUUGGCUGAGCGAUUAGAGAAGCCUAUUACUCCAGUGAUGAUCAAAAAGUUUCGCGGCUGUCUGUCUGUGUGUCUGUCUGUCUGUCAUCGCGAUAACUCAAAAACGAAUUGAGCUAGUUAUAUCUGAAUGUGUUAUGAACUACUGUAUUAUCACAUGUCAUGUGUGACAGUUUAUGUUAUCUGAAUGUGUUAUGAACUACUGUAUUAUCACAUAUCAUGUGCGACAGUUUAUGUUAUCUGAAUGUGUUAUGAACUGCACUGUAUUAUUUAUAUUUUUUCAAUGAAUGCCUCACAUUUGGUCUGUGAGAAAUGAUUUUGUCGGAAAUACUUCUUUUUUGACGAACAGUUUUUACUUGUGUAUUUUCUUAUUUAGUAGAUGUUGAUUGUUCAAAUACACAUUAUUUCAUCCUCAAUUACUGCGUUUUCUUCCCAAUCACCUAGAACUCAAUAGACAUUCUUGUCUUUUACGUGUAAAUGUCAAAACAUUUACUGUACCAUAGGAACAAAACUAAAGGUACUUUGACUAGGCAGCUGGCUUUUGAAGGAUGUCGAGAUGGUUCACUUUCGUAAAACUUCUGACACUGGUACAUUAGGGGGAUAAGGAGAAAAUAUCGAAAACUACAUCUCAAAACAGCACGUCAGUGUCCCUUUCACAUCACCAUGGAAGAUGGAAAUAAAGAAAAUGGUGUACAAACUGGCUGCACAGUGCUCAUCUCUGUACAUUCCUGAUUCCUGUAAUGUCCAUAUUGUGUGAUGACAUGUUUUCUGUUCCUUAAAAACCGAUAACGAAAAUGGUGCGUUUGGUCAUGGUUUGGUUCUCUGUUGACAUCGUCAUCUAUGAGGAGGAAUAAAACAUUAUAAUUUUAUGUGGAUACAGGUAUAUCCAGUGCUCAACUUAAAAUUGUCGGCAUUCGUUUGGUCAUUGUUUUAUCGCUUUCCGAUACAGUAAUUUGAUUGUUAACCCAUCACGUAUAUAUGGACUAUUUUUGUGCGCGCAGUGCUUCCGAGCGCAGCAAACGGCUCCGCGGAGGGAGCGGGUUACUCC